CCAGCUGGAGCAGCGGCGGUGUCACGCGAGGAGGAUAGUUCUGCAACAGGAAUGACUGUGAACACACCUCUGUGUUUCAGAGGAAAGAGCAUCCUGGCUCCAAUGGUGCGAGUUGGAACGUUACCAAUGCGUCUUCUUGCUCUGGAUUAUGGUGCUGAUAUAGUGUACUGUGAGGAGCUGAUUGACAUGAAGAUGCUGCAGUGUAAGAGGGUUGUAAAUGAAGUACUUGACACAGUGGACUUUGUUGCACCUAAUGAAAGAGUUGUUUUCAGAACUUGUGAAAAGGAGAGACACUGCGUUGUCUUUCAGAUGGGUUCAGCAGAUGCUGUAAGGGCACUGGCAGUAGCUAAGCUUGUGGAGAGUGAUGUAGCUGGUAUUGAUAUCAACAUGGGCUGCCCAAAAGAAUAUUCUACUAAGGGAGGUAUGGGAGCAGCACUGUUAUCUGAUCCUGACAAAAUAGAGUCUAUACUGACUACUCUUGUUAAAGGAAUUUGUAAACCAGUAACCUGCAAAAUCCGCAUUUUGUCCUCAGUUGAGGAUACUGUGAAUCUGGUAAAGAGAAUAGAGAAAACUGGUAUUGCUGCCAUUGCAGUCCAUGGAAGGAAGAAAGAGGAGAGGCCUCAGCACCCUGUCCACUGUGAUGUGAUCAAAGCCAUAUCAGAAGCAGUCUCCAUUCCAGUAAUAGCAAAUGGAGGAUCUCAUGACUUCAUCAAGGAAUAUAUGGACAUUGAGACCUUCCAGAAAGCAACAGAUGCCUCAUCAGUAAUGAUAGCUCGGGCUGCCAUGUGGAACCCAUCUAUCUUCAGAAAAGAGGGUCUUUUCCCCCUGAGGAAAGUCAUGCAGGAUUACAUCAAAUAUGCAGUGAGAUAUGAUAAUCAUUAUACCAAUACAAAAUACUGUUUGUGUCAGAUGUUAAGAGAACAGUUGGAAACUACUCAGGGUAAGAAGCUGCAUGCUGCACAGUCUAUGCAGGAAAUCUGUGAGGUCUUUGAAAUGGCUGACUUCUAUGAAGAAACAACAACAAUUUUCACAACUAAAAAAACAUCUUUAGAAACUAAGAUACAAGAGGAAGAUGACCAGACGGAAGAUCCAGAUAUAAUAAAAAUGGCUGUUAGAUUUGACAAGCGAGAAUAUCCACCACAGAUUACACCAAAAAUGUAUCUCUUGGAGUGGUGUAGGAAAGAGAAGCACCCACAGCCUGUUUAUGAAACAGUUCAAAGACCACUAGAUAGAUUAUUCUGUUCGGUAGUGACAGUAGCUGAGCAAAAGUACAAAUCAACUCUGUGGGACAAGUCAAAGAAACUAGCAGAACAGGCUGCAGCUAUUGUCUGUCUGAGAACACUGGGUGUCCCAGAGGGGAAAUUGUGUGAGGGAGAAAACCACCUGAUUAACAAACGCAAGAGGGACGACCGGGAACGCUUGAAUAACAGAGACCAUGGAGAUGAUCUUGCUGAACCUUCUCAUAAAAAAGCUAAUUUUAUUGAAGAAGCUUCUGACACGAAUGUGCCUGAGAUGCCACGAUAGCAUGGAAGUUAGAGGUUGCAGAGCUAUGCAGCUACAAAUUAGCUCUCAUUUGUAUAUCUUGCUAUUCGUAUUUCAUUUGGAUUCUCUCAGAGACAGAUAAAUUCCCCAGUUGGGCAAACUGCCGAUGAGAAACGUUUACUAUUCACCACUCACUAUCCCCAUUGUGCCUUUCAGAAAGGAUAAAUUAACAGCUUGAUUUUAAAGAACAUUAAGAAGAUUAUCCCAAAUAAUAAAGGGAUCUUUUUAAUAUCAAGUAUUUUCAAAGCAAUUUCAUCAUUGGUUUUAUUAUUUAUUUAUUUUUUAGUAAAGUCUGUGGUAUCCUGAUGACAGAUGCCUGAACACAUCAUCUAUAAGCAGCUGGAUUCACUUUGGAAUUAUGUAUUUAACUUAAUCAGGAAAAUUCAUACAAGAAAUAUUAGCAGCUAAGUAGACAUAGUUUUGUCAGAUAAUUUUCAUGUAUGACUUGUAGGCAUUAUUUACACCAAUCAUAUAUCAACAGAAACAAGUUUUGAAGAGAGAAGUUGGAAAAGUAAUAGUAAACAUGAAAACAAAAUUUCUUCUUUCAUAGUAUUUACUGUAUGUUACCCUCCAAAAAUAUGACAAGAACAGAAUUAAUCUUGGUCCUAGCUAUUACAGUUACCUUUUUCUAAUAACAAAUUGGACCCAGUCCUGGCAGCCCUGAAUAUUUUAAAUUAAGGCAGUUGAGUUAAAUUUUGUUCUUGAGAAUGUGGAAGUUCUAGUAAAUGUCUGCAUCUAUAUUACUUGCAAUAAUAGUCAUCAGAUAGGCCUUAUGUAUUUGUUCUUGAAAUGUGAGCUAGUUUGCCUCAGUAUUUAGCUGUUAGUGAUAUUGGUGGUCUUAAUCAAAGAUAUGUUCUCUUUAUUUUGCCAUUAUAACUUCCUACCCAGUAUCUGCUGAGAGAGGAUAAAAAUCCAGUCAGAUUUCAUGGCAAUCUAGUUGAGCUUGUCUGAUUUAAGUUAGAGUUUUGAAUGCCCCAAAGAGAAUCUUCAUAUAUUAUGAGAAAAUGCAGAGAUUUAAAUUCAUUGAAGUGAUGGCAUAGUAUACCUCAACAGGGUGAUGAUCUUCAAAUUACUAGCUCUGGUUUGAAAAUAAAAUGACAGAUAUCAAGCCAUGAUCUGUGAAGUAUUUUGUGUAAAGAACAUACAAAGUAUAAUUCAUUUGGAUGAAGUUCAUCAAUAUUCCUAUCUAUCAAUAUUCCUAUUUAAACGUUGAAUCUUUAUUUUAAAUGACAGUUUCAGCAUUAAACCAUUCUUUUGUAAUGGAAGAGCAAUAU